CUUUCAUCCAUAUCAUUGAUUCACUCAGGCUCUAUUAAGCCUUAUAAUUUUUGUGAUUCAUUUACACAGAUUUGGAUUUUUAUCACUCAAGCUCGGAGACCUAUUUUAUUAUUGUUCCAAAAACAGCUUAAAACGGAUUCAGUGCCUCCCUUUCUUGGUGCUUCCUUUCAAUUCCUCGCCUCAAAGUAGAGCAGCCCCUCCCUCACUCACCUCGAACAACUUUCAUCUAAGCACAUUAAUCAACUGCUAUCCGAAGCAACAAAACUCAAGAAAUCGUCAUCUUAACCUUGAGCCCUUGCACAUAUUCAUCGUCAUGCGAGCUCGUUAUAAAGGUCCAGCCGGUACCGGUACUAUCGAGAUACCCGAUGAUGCCACUGUUAAAGUGCUAUUUGAUGAACUUCGAGCCAAGACAGGAAUUGCCAACUUUGGUGUAAAAUAUGGUCCGCCUAUGGCUAUGAAGGCUCUUGAAGCUAGUCAGAGUGAUCAAAUUGCUCGAUCUCUUGGUCUUCAUGGUGAGACACUCACCAUUGUACCCGAGGACGUACCACCACCCGCACCUAUUGCGCCGGUUCAAACUGGCACUGCCCAACAUCAAGCAAUGGCAUCUCGAGCAACAAAAAGGAAUGAGAGCCCAGAAGAUGUCAACGUUCCGUGGCCAGAACAGGGUGGAACCCUACUUCUAAGAGUGAUGCCCAGCGAUAACAGCUGUUUAUUCACAGCUUUUGGCGGCGCCUUGCAAGAUCAGAUCCCCGCUCAGCGGUUGAGAAGGAUGAUGGCAGACUACAUUGUGGAACAUCCCAAGGAUUACUCAGAAGCUGUCCUCGGUAGUCCUCCUAGCCAAUAUUGCCGCAGUAUUCAAGACCCUGAUCGAUGGGGAGGCGGUAUUGAACUGAGCAUCUUGUCCUCCAUCUUCGAUAUCCAGAUCUGCACGUUUGAUGUCCAGGCCCAAAACUUGAUCAAUUUCGGAGAGGAUAAGAGAGAUCGCUGUAUUCUUGUCUAUUCAGGAAUUCACUAUGACCGAGUCGCCUUCAGCCUGUCUGACUACCCACAUGACUCGCCUACUUACCCCCCUGAGAUGGAUCGAACUGUUUGGCCGACUGAUGACGAUGAGGUACUCGAAAAGACCCGAGAGCUCGUUCAGAAACUUAACAAGGCGCACUACUACACUGACACGGAAGGAUUGAUUCUACGAUGUGAUGUGCCUGGAUGUGACUGGAUAGGCAGCGGCCAGCGCGAAGGGCAGAAACACGCAGAACUAACAGGGCAUGUGGAUCUGAGUGAAAUCCAAGACGAAGGUGACAACGUGCUCCGGAAGUGCGACACACCUGGAUGUGAUUUCAUCGGCCAAGGUGACAAGGUUAUGAGGCAGCAUAGUGCAGAUACUGCUCAUGAGAGGUUCUCGAUUAUUCCGGACUGGUGAGGAGGACGAUAGAGGCAUCAAACUUUUGAUGGGUCUCAGUACUUUUAGACAUUUCAAGUAGUUUGUUGAGUUUCUUGAACAUUGAUAGCGCUUCAAUCACCGAGACAAUACAUUUAUUUGCAACCAUUGCGCACCGGUGAGGUUAUUCAAAGUGACCCAAAUCGGUCAGACAGAUGGUGAGAUGCAGCGAAAAGGAUUGUCUUGACAUGGUUGAAUUUGAGGUAUCUAUUGGUACAAUUGUCAUGAGAAAAUUGUGUUGUUCAUUGGAUGCCUGACGCAAAACUUGGGUAAUGGC